AGGUGGAACGGAAAAUAAGAAACUGGUGAAUAAGAGGCUAACUUCAGCCUCGUCUGUCAGUGAAAUAUGAGGAAAACCAAAGGGAAAGCGAGCUCUACAGAGAAAGAAUUUGUGUUUGAGUUUAAGGCGGGAAGAAAUCACUGUGUCCUCAAAGUGCCUCUACAGUUUCCCGUUCAAGGCAACGUGAACGAUCUGCACGGGAGACUCAUGCUGCUCCACAACAUGCCCUGCUUCGUAGAAAAGGACUUAAAGAACAAACUUACUGCGUUCAUUGAGAGAGAAACGUUAGACGAUUACGACCGGGAGGCUGAAGCAGCUCUACAGAGGAUCGCUAAUGGAGAAGUUGACAUUAAUAAACUGAGCAACCUGUGGGCCAAGGCCUACACCGAGACCACACUAGAACACGCCCGACCUGAGGAGCCCAGCUGGGACGAGGACUUUGCUGAUGUGUAUCAUGAACUGAUCCACUCUUCGGCCUCAGAGACAUUACUCAACCUGGAACACAAUUACUACGUCAGCGUGUCCGAGCUCAUCAGUGAGAGAGACAUGGAGCUCAAGAAACUCCAGGAGAGGCAGGCAGUGGAAAUGGACAAAGUCAUGCAGGAGCUGGGGAAGACCUUGAGCGAUCAGGACGUUAAUACAGUAGCAGCGCAGCACUUUGACGCUCAGCAAGUUUUGGAGAACAAGUGGGCCAGUGAGCUGAAGCAGGUAACCGGUAUCCAGAAACAAGAGUACCAGGAGUGGGUGGUUAAACUACACCAGGACCUUCGCAAACCUAACAACAGCACCAUCACUGAGGAGAUUAAGGUACAGCCUGGGCAGCUGAGCGAGGCCGGUGAGUCGGGGACCAGAGUGUUCGAGGAGCAUCGGCAGCUGGAGGAGAGCUUCACCAUUCAUUUAGGGGCUCAGCUGAAGACGAUGCACAACCUGCGGCUGGUGCGGGCCAACGUGUUGGACUUCUGCAAGCACAGACGCCACGGCAGCGGGGGCAGCGUCAAGCUGCGUCGGCUUCAGACGGCGUUCUCGCUCUACUCGUCCUCUCUCUGCGGCCUCGUCCUGCUCGUCGAUAACAGAGUAAACUCCUACAGCGGCAUAAAGAGAGAUUUUGCCACCGUGUCUCAAGAGUGCACAGAUUUCCAUUUCCCUCGGCUUUCCGAGCAGCUGGAGGUGGUCCAGCAGGUGGUGCUCUACGCACGGGCUCAGCGCAGCAGCAAGCAGAGAGAACAGCCGGAGAUGCCCAGAAAUGGGAGCAACGAUGAAAAAAGCAAGAACAUCGAGCGAAACCCUUCUAAUAUCCUUCCCGGCGAAUUCUAUAUCACUCGUCAUUCCAACUUGUCCGAAGUUCACAUAGUGUUCCAUCUGUGCGUUGACGACAACGUGCGCUCGGCAAACCUCACGGCACGAGACCCGGCCAUCAUGGGCCUGCGCAACAUCCUGAAAGUGUGCUGCACGCACGACAUCACCACCAUCACCAUCCCGCUGCUGCUCGUGCACGACAUGUCUGAGGAGAUGACCAUCCCCUGGUGCCUAAAGCGAGCUGAGUUGGUGUUUAAAUGCGUGAAAGGCUUUAUGAUGGAAAUGGCAUCAUGGGACGGAGGCAUCUCUCGGACUGUUCAGUUCCUCGUUCCUCAGACUAUAUCAGAGGAAAUGUUCUACCAGCUGAGCAACAUGCUGCCUCAGAUCUUCCGAGUCUCCUCCACCCUCACGCUCACAUCGAAACGCUGAGCACAGACACACAAAGCACCAAAAAGGAUCUCUCAGUUCACCUUGCAGCUCUUGUUGGAUGAGCUGCUGUGAGUUGGAGAUUAAGGAAAUGUGAAAUGUGAUCAUAUUGGACAGAAUGCGAACAUGGACUUUAUGAGCCUUAUAUCAUCUUUUUUUCCCCUAAUCUGCUUCAGCUGUAUUAUAUCUGUGUAAUCUUAUUAAAUUGUAUUCCGGAUGCGUAAAAAAAUGUGUGUUUUAAUGGACAAGAAUGCCACAGCUGUGAUUAUUGAGAACUUUCUCUCAGCUCUGCGUAUUCUAAACAACUAGUGUGUGUUAGCAAACUCUGCGAUGACCUCCGGAUAUAGUAGCAGUCUAAGUAUUUAGACAUGUGGUGGAAAAUGGAGCCCUGGGACAUCUAGGGGGGCAUGGGUCCAUUCUGAAGUAUCUGAUUUGUUGCUUGGUGCCGAACUAACAGCCAUGAAAUUACAUUAAGGUACUAGCGUCCAAGUUGCCCUGUAGUUCCCAAUAGCGGGAAUUUGCUUAAAAUAGCUGUAACAGUGAUUUAACAAACAUGAUGCAUAGACACAACUCUAAAAUCAGACAAAUAGCGGCGGUGGCCGCUUGUUUUUUUUUUUUUACCUAAUAUUGAAAUGCAGAUAUAAAAUAGAAAAAAAAAAGUACAUUU